AUGAGCGCAGAAAAGGUGCAUUUACGGCAUGUCUUGCUUUAUGAGUUUCGGAAGGGUGUAGCAGUUGGGACCGCUGUAAAAAACAUUCGAGACGUCUAUCAGGACUGUGCACCAGCAAUUCGAACCGUUAAGAAAUGGUUUGCGAAAUUUAGACGUAGCGAUUUCAAUCUUGAUGAUGCGCCACGCUCUGGCCGAUCUUCUGGCAUAGAUGAUAAUAUUGUGCACAAUUUAGUGCAAACUAAUUCAAGAAUUUCAACCGAAGAGAUUGCUCAGAGACUCAAGGUUGACAGGUCGACCGCAUUUCGACAUUUAAAAAAAAUUGGGUACACACAGAAGCUUGAUGUAUGGGUGCCUCAUUUGCUUACCGAAGCGAACAAAUUGAAUCGAGUUUCUGCAGCUGUUUCUUUGCUUGGCCGACUAAAUAAUGAGCCGUUUUUGGAUCGACUGAUGACUGGUGACGAAAAAUGGGUUCUCUAUGAUAAUGUUCAACGUAAACGAACUUGGAAAGUUGCAAACGAGCGUGCAGAACUAAUAGCAAAACCCAAUUUGCAUCCUGCGAAAGUGAUGCUUUCUGUUUGGUGGGAUUGCCAAGGAAUACUGUACUUUGAGCUAUUGCCCGCUGGUCAAACGAUUGAUUCCGAGAAAUACUGUCAACAAUUAGAAAAUUUAAAGACAGCAAUCCAGGCGAGGCGUCCAAGUCUGGUCAAUCGUAAGGGAGUUGUUUUUCAUCAGGACAACGCAAAACCGCACACUGCAAAACGAACCUUAGCAAAACUAAAGGAACUGAAAUGGGAUGGAAUAUUACAUCCGCCGUAUUCUCCAGAUAUCGCACCAUCAGAUUAUUACUUGUUUUGA